AUAAACCUAUUUACCCCACUCAUACUAACUGCAAUAUUUAUUCUACUCCUGCCCAUCAUUAUAUCUAACACCCAACUGUAUAAAAACAGCCUAUAUCCCCACUAUGUAAAAACCACAAUCUCUUACGCCUUCAUCAUCAGCAUAAUCCCAACUAUAAUAUUUAUCUCCUCAGGACAAGAAGCAAUUAUCUCAAACUGACACUGACUAUCAAUCCAAACUCUCAAGCUAUCACUAAGCUUUAAAAUAGAUUAUUUCUCAACCAUCUUUAUCCCUGUAGCGCUUUUCGUCACAUGGUCCAUCAUAGAAUUCUCAAUGUGGUACAUGCACUCAGACCCAUACAUCAACCGAUUCUUUAAAUAUCUCCUCAUAUUCCUAAUCACUAUGAUAAUUCUAGUUACCGCUAACAAUCUAUUUCAACUAUUCAUCGGCUGAGAGGGAGUAGGAAUCAUAUCUUUUCUACUUAUCGGAUGAUGAUAUGGCCGAGCAGAUGCAAACACUGCCGCCCUACAAGCAAUCCUCUACAACCGCAUUGGAGACGUAGGCUUCAUCAUAGCCAUAGCAUGAUUUCUCACCAACUCAAACGCAUGGGACUUCCAACAAAUCUUUAUCACCCAACACGAGAACCUAAAUAUUCCAUUACUAGGGCUUCUAUUAGCAGCCACAGGUAAAUCCGCCCAAUUCGGCCUACAUCCGUGACUGCCAUCAGCCAUAGAAGGCCCAACUCCUGUCUCCGCCCUACUCCACUCAAGUACAAUAGUCGUAGCAGGGGUCUUCUUACUUAUCCGGUUUUACCCGCUCAUAGAACAAAACAAAACUAUACAAACUCUCACCCUAUGUUUAGGAGCUAUUACAACCUUGUUCACAGCUAUUUGUGCUCUCACACAAAAUGAUAUCAAAAAAGUUGUUGCCUUUUCAACCUCAAGCCAACUGGGCCUAAUAAUUGUAACCAUUGGGAUUAACCAACCUUACCUCGCAUUUCUACACAUUUGCACACACGCAUUCUUCAAAGCCAUGCUAUUCAUAUGUUCAGGAUCAAUUAUCCACAGUCUGAACGACGAACAAGACAUUCGAAAAAUAGGCGGAUUAUACAAACCAAUGCCCUUCACCACUACCUCCCUAAUCAUUGGAAGCCUCGCACUCACAGGUAUACCUUUCCUAACAGGUUUUUAUUCCAAAGACCUAAUCAUCGAGACAGCCAACACGUCGUAUACCAACGCCUGAGCCCUACUAAUUACUCUCAUUGCCACAUCCCUUACAGCUGCCUACAGUACUCGAAUUAUAUUCUUUGUGCUACUAGGACAACCACGAUUCAAUACCUUGAAUCUAAUCAAUGAAAAUAAUACCCACCUCAUCAACUCCAUUAAACGUCUCUUAAUCGGAAGUAUCUUUGCAGGAUAUCUAAUUUCUUACAACAUCCCCCCAACAACUAUCCCACAAAUAACUAUACCCUACUAUCUAAAACUAACUGCUCUUGCCGUGACUAUCGCAGGCUUCAUCCUAGCAUUAGAACUUAAUCUCGCGGCUAAAAACUUAAAAUUUAUAUACCCUUCAAACCUCUUUAAGUUUUCCAACCUCUUAGGGUACUUUCCAAUUGUAAUACACCGCCUCCCAUCAAAAAUGAGCCUAACUAUGAGCCAAAAGUCCGCAUCGAUACUAUUAGACAUAAUUUGACUAGAAAAUGUAUUACCCAAAUCCAUCUCCUUAUUCCAAAUAAAAAUGUCAACUACUGUAUCUAAUCAGAAAGGACUAGUUAAACUCUACUUUUUAUCUUUCAUAAUCACCCUAGCCCUCAGCCUAAUCUUACUUAAUUCCCACGAGUAA